UUGUGUGUCUCUGAAGCCUUCUUCUGGCCGUUUGCAAACAUUUUGACUAUGAAUGAAUAUACACCUCAUUCUUCGGUAUAAAAACGAUAUGAAAUUAUAUCCGAAGUUAAGGAAAAUUUUUGUAUUUCUGCAAAAGUAUGUCGCAAUAAUUAAUUUUGAAAGUUGAAAUUUGGAAAUGCUUAUUUUCUGGUUAGCCCAUCUGAAUGUGAGAACGUAUUGUGUUGGAGUUCCCAAUUACUGAUAAAAAUUCGAAAUUUUCUAGACGAUUUCCGACGUUAUAAUUUGUAUUAAUGUAUUAUCACAUCUAGAGCGCGAAGUGGGAAUAAAUAGUUAUAAAUAUAUCUCUAGCGUUGCACUCAAUGAAAUAAGCAGCGAUAAAGCUGUGAUAUUGUCUGCUGUGCGAAUUAAAUAAAUCGUGGAAGCGUAACUAAGAAAUGCACUCAAGUGUCAAAUAGUUGAAUGCUGCCUGUAGUACAAUAUGACAAUAGUUAGCUACGGUUAAUCUUGUCCUCCUUAAUACACAGUAGAUCUUGCAACAAUGAGGCUGCUUCCAACUUUACUUUAUUCAACUAUAAUUUGUAGUUUUCUUCGCUUCAGCAAGAAUGAACAAAAAGCCUUCGAUAACACAGGAUUGACGGAUAAUUUGCAUCAAGGUUUAAAAUUUGCUGGUGACAUGUUUGGCGUUAGAAUGGCAUCCGGUGUCGCAGAUUUGGUGGUAAAAGCUUUUUCCGCUAACACCAAUAAGGAAAUACAAGAGAGUAAAGAACGGGAGACUCAGUUUAAGAAGACUGCAACGUCAAAUCUAGGCUGGAGUUUAAUUACGUCAAAGCUAACCGCUGGCAUAUUACGUUUAGUGCACUUUGAUGUUGGCAAACUUGGAGCCUUAGCUGUAAAUACAGUAAUUAUCAUUGCUCAAACAGUUAGUAAAGAGUUGAAAUUGGAAUUGAAAUUGAAAGAAAAGAAAUUAAUUGUUAUAUAACGUUUUCAGAUUGCUAAAACUGUUCUACUCAGGACGAAUUCUCAAUCUUCGACGAAUUCUUUAAAUGUCCAUUUACCAUAUGAUCAGAAUUC